GUGGCCGACAUGUCGUCGUCGCAGCGUUCCUCGCGCAGCGGCGACUCGUUCGGCUCGCUGGGUCGCCCUUCGCCGGAGAGCCAGAGCAGCGCCGUCAUCUCGCUGCUCAGCCACGCGCGCACCCUGCGCGUCCCUUACGGAGAGCAGAAGCGCAUGCUGGCACAGGCCCUGCUGGGAGACCCUCACUUCGCCGAGAGCGGGGAGCUCCUGCAGACCAUGGAGAAAGGAGUGAUGUACCCGGUGAUCCACCUGUACGAGUUGCCAGGACCAUUUGUGCCCAUGGAAGAUCGGCUGCUGGGACACGACCGGCUGGGACCAGACUACGUGCUACACCAAGGUAUCUACGAGGAGAUCCGGCAGCACCUACCGUACGGUCGCAGCGCGUACGCCAGCCCCGACGACCGGCGCACGGCGUACAUCGUGGCCGGCUUCAAGGUUCUCGAGGCAACCUUUCGUGACGUCAUGGAGAACAGCUGGAAAGACUGGACCGGCGCUCGCGCCAUCUACAUCAACCUUGCACACGAGUUCGGCCUGCACCGGUUCUCACUCUACCGCAGAUCCCAACCGACGACCGACUUCAGCACCUUCUCGUACGUUCUGCUCAUCGAGUGCCGGACGGUGACGGCAGACAACGCCCUCCGGCUGCUUGACUUCGUGCAGCGUUUCCGGUCUAGCCGCAUGUCCGGCUACCUGUCCGUCUACAACGCACGCCACCUGGGCCUGGAGAGCUACGCCCGCGGAGGCCCGGAGAUGUUGGUGAUCAGUCCGACUCUGCACGGCCCGUCCGACUGGUGGAAGCAGGUACAAGACGCAGUGGCCACCAGUAGCAACGGGAGCACCUCGGACCUGUCGAGCACCACGUCGGAGUCGGCCAGCUCGGACGACAACCCCAGGCCUCGCGCUACCACCAUUACCACGACCGCGCGCUGCCCGACGGCGCCGUCGAGCGCGACAUCCCACAGGUCGACGACGAGGGUGACCCAGCCGCUGACGGCCGUCGAAGUCGUGUCGACCCAAGACGCGCCCCUGUGCUACGUCGACAACGUCAACGUUAUCACGCUACCAGCCGGCGUCAACCACCACCACAGCAGAAGCAACAAGUGUUCCACCAUGACUCCCAUCUACGAGAACCUCGUGGGGUCGAGUCGUUAUUACCAGGACCACGACACGCACUCCUCCCACAGUUCGCGGUCGCACCGCUCGGGUCGGGGCUCCACGAACGGUUCCUCCACUAAUGGCCUCGGAGAGACGGACCUGUCCUACUCCGUUGAAGAGGAGUCCUAUUCAUCGACUAAUACCGGGAGCGGUUCGGACGACGUGGACUCUUCCGACCAGCGGCGUCCCAGGUCGUCUAGGUCGUCGACGAUGCGUCGGGUCUGGUUCGAAGACUGCGCCCUCUUGGACAACGUCAUCGCCCAGGCGGCCGAGAGGGAGCCGCCGGCUCCACCGGAAGUCGAGCAGUGGGACGACGGCGAUCGACGCUCAUUGGCCAAGGAGUACCUGGCACUGGACGAGAUGCUGCGAAACCUUCAGUGUGCGGAUGAAGUGCCGCCGCCUGAACCCAAGAGCUCGGUCAGGCGGAAACUGUGGUAGAUUGGUGAGGGGUGGUGAAAAGGGGGGG